AAGCAAAUCGAUGUUUGAUAAGCAGAUUAGGCUACAAUCAGGAGUUGAGUUUUAGAACGAGAUAGAUCCAUUCACUUGUUUGUUGUUUAAUCUUUGAAAAUAUUUUUCUCAAAAUACUUUUUUUUGACUAGUCAGUCUUUUUUAUAAGUCAAUUUCUCCAGCAGUUUUCAUUUCCAUCGGUGUAGGCUUCUUGUAUUAAGUCGGCUUUCAAUAUACUAUUCUCUACAUAAAAAGACAAGUCGAAGCCUUCUCUCUCCACCGCCUGUUUCUUCUGAGAUGGAUAAACUGCCAGGGGUGAACAUAUCCACUGCUAAUAUCUCGACUGUGGACCGACUUCGUCCUUCGUUCAUAGAGCGUGGUUCCUACGAGCACCUGGAUCCAGGCGAGCUGCAUGUCCUUGUGCCUGUCAUCCUGGGGGUGAUCUGUGUCCUUGGGCUGGCCGGUACUCUCACAGCCAUAGGCAUCCUGAUCUCCAACGCCCACCGUGGGAAACUCUCCCUCAUCAAUGCUCUCAUCCUCAACCUGAUGUUUGCCGACGGCCUUGUCCUGGCGUUUGCCCUCCCGUUCCGUGCUGCCGCCUUCUCCAAACCCACCUGGACGCUUGGCUGGGCAGUGUGCAAGACCUGUGAUUGGUUCCUGCAGAGCUGCAUGGCUGCGAAGAGUUUUACCGUAGCGGUGUUGGCUAAGGCUUGUUACCGUUACGUCUCUAACCCGACUAAACAGGUCAGCAUCCGUCUACGCUCCAUCCUAUUGGUGAUGUGGUUCCUCUGGCUGUCUGCCUGCUCCGCUCCCAUCCCUACCUGGCUGUUCUCUUCACUGCAGAGAGAGACCCGGGGGCUGGUGUGUGUGCAGGUGGUUCCCCCCGAAGCGCAGGACUUCAUGUCGGUCUACGUCAAGGCGUACCCCCUCGGUGUGUUCUGCGCCCCUUUGAGUUUUGCCCUGCUGUAUUUCUGGUGGGCAUAUGGGCGGUGCCAGAGGCGCUGUAGUAAGACCCAGAACCUCCGAACGCAGAUCAGAUCCAGGAAGCUCACGCUGAUGUUGUUCAGUCUGACGGUAGCCAUGGCGAUGCUGUGGCUGCCGCAGUGGGUGGUCUGGGUGUGGGAGCGGCACGCCGCGGAGCGAGAGGCACAGGGACCGAGAGAGGAGGAACCCUUUGUCGUCUUCUCUCCCCCUCUCCUCUUCUCCAUCUCCGCCUUGCUCCUCACCUUCUCUCUCUCCCUGGUGAACCCCAUCAUCGUCCUCUCUCUGUCGGAGGAGUUCACAGAGGGGUACAGGGGUCUGUGGAGGCGCCUUACUCUUCGUAAACACACCCCGUCCAACCCAAAUCCCAAACCCGGGCCCCACGCACCCACCGCCCCCCAGUCCCCUUGCCCACGACCAGAGACCUCAGGCCAGCUGCAGGGAGGUGACGGAAGCCUAGGCCCCAUCCCUACCCAGGAGACUAGAGUUGAUCCCCAGCACCAGGCGGAGCAGGGAGGGGUGGAGGAGGUGGAUGCGGAGGGAGAGAGCCCCCGGGAUGGGAUCGUGCUGCUGGAUGUGGAGCAGUUCUGGCAUGAGAGAGAGACAGGCUCGAUGACAGAGGAGAAUGAUCCCAUACCCUGGGAGCACCAAGAGGGAGCACCAGCCGAGGGGAGGAAGUGAAGAGAGGAAGUGAGGGAAGGAAGCAAGGAGCAGAUACACACACCGACCAACAGGACAGGUUGUAAAAGGCAACUCAGUAUUCAGCUACAUCUGUCCUUGUUCACCCCUGAGCUUUGUGUAUCUGUCUUGUGUGGUUUUUGUGAUCAAAUUGUGUUACCCACCACCACCAGUGAUUUUUAAGCAAAAGGUUGUUUGAGAGUUGUUGGACACUGCCUCAACGAUGCCUGAUACACUAUUUAGCAUCGAGACCAGCCAGUAAGCCUCCCCUCUCUCUUCCUCUCAGCUAGCUCCACAGUGUUCAAACAACCUUCAAACAACACACACAGCGACUAUAUCAGCAGCUGUAAUGGACUGACAUUUGAUUAUACCUCACUGGACUGAAGACCGGUCAACCCAGGAGUCAACCCAGGCGUCAACACAGGAGUCAACCCAGGAGUCAACCCAGGAGUCAACCCAGGAGUCAACCCAGGAGUCAACACAGGAGUCAACACAGGAGUCAACACAGGAGUCAACACAGGAGUCAACACAGGAGACAAUGGUUGGUAUUCAUUCAACUGUGUUUAUGAUAUUGCUUGAUGGGAUACAU